AAUCCAAUGUCAGAAAAAUAACCAAACCAGAGGUCUGAAAUAAGCUACGUUAAUAAAAAGCGUUCUUGCUUCAACUUUAUCCAUAUCUAUAUCUAUUCAAAUUUCUACUGUUUCGUUUCAUGGGAAACAAACUUCACAUGCUUAAGUUCAUUUUCUACGGAAUUCAACACACACUGCAACGUUGUACUAGUAUCGCUUUACUUUAGUAUGGUAUCCUCGUACUUCAGCUAUGGAAUCUGCAAGGAGUAUGUUUUCUUCGUCUCCAUCGUUUCCUCCAAGAACUCACCAUUGGAACACUCUUCCUUCAUCUUCUUAUACUUCUGAACUAAACACAUACUUAUUUGUGGAUUUUACAAACACAUAACUAACUCUGAUUUGGUUCUGAUGCUUCGGGAACAAGUUGCGCCUACAAUCACCGCCUGGUCUACUAGUUUUUCAGCUCAGAAUUUUCCUACUUCAGUUCUUUUACAAGAGCAGCGUGACGAGUAUAGGCCUCUAUUGCACAUUUCUAAGGGAGACAAGACAUGCCAGGCAACAUUAAAUACAACGCAGAUGGAUAUGGUCUCGGUUCACGAAGAGAAUAACACCAGCAAUGUUGAUCAGGUAUCACAUGACUUCAGGCAGCACCUUCAUCUCUUGCCUCAUUUAGAGAACUUAUUAACUUCCUCACAAACAGGAGAAAUCAAUGCUUCUUCGAAUCUACAGCGUGUUGUUGACUCAGACAGGCCAGCAGAUAGUUUACAAUGUAAUGCAGUUUCUCUUCCUAGGAAAGCUUUUACUCCAUCGAAAAAACAAGCAGCCUCGGUAGCCGAAGACUUGAAAUCAGUUAAAGUUGACGAGGAUGCUAACAAUUCAGUUCCUUUUGGUCUAGCCUCUCCCGGUUUGGCCGAGCCUUCACUCGGAAGCAAUAAAACUGUACGAUCAACUCGGCUUAGAGAGAGACGAGCAAAGGAGAGAAAGGUAUCAAAGUCAAAAGUUAAAGACAAAGAAACUCACCUUGCCGGAAAAGAUGCAACACAGGAAAAGCUACAAAUACAAAAAAAGACAAGUAAAGGAUUAAAUCAAAAUGAUCCCUUGAACUCGUUCUUGCAGAGUCCAGACUCGAAGCAACUUUUAACUCUUGAACAAGAGUCUAAGUUGAUUGCUCAGAUACAGGACCUAUUGAGAUUGGAAGAAUUGAAGACCAGUCUUCAAUCUCAAUUUGGAAGGGAACCAACUAUGGUUGAAUGGGCUGAAGGGGCAGGACUAAACUGGCGGAAACUGAAGGCGCAGCUUCGUUCUGGUAACAGAAGCAGAGAAAAAUUGAUUCAAGCAAAUUUACGCAUGGUACACUAUGUUGCUAAAAAUUACCAAGGGCGUGGUCUCAGCCUUGAGGACUUAUUACAGGAGGGAAGCACAGGUCUUUUGAAGAGUGUUAAAAAGUUUAAACCCCAAGCCGGGUCCCGAUUUGGUAAUUACGCAUACUGGUGGAUAAAACAAGCAAUAAGGAAAGCCAUAUUUAAUCAUUCCAGGACAAUCCGUCUGCCGGAGAAGGUAUAUGCCAAACUGAGCAAGGUAUUGGAGGCGAAGAAAUUGUACAUGGAAGAGGGAAAUCUUAACCCGACCAAAGAAGAAUUAGCAAAAAGGGUAGGAAUUUCAGCAGACAAGGUUGACAGUUUGCUGUUUGUUUCAAGAAUUCCAAUUUCUAUGCAGAAAACUGUGUGGGCCGAGCAUGAUACAACUUUCCAGGAGAUUACUGCAGACACCGCAAUUGAGAGCACAGACAUGAGUGUUGCAAAACAGCUUAUGAGACGACAUGUGCUCAACACCUUAAAAACCUUACGCCCUAAAGAAAGAAGGAUAAUUCGGCUAAGAUUUGGUUUUGAGGAUGGAGAAGAGAGAUCUUUAUCAGAAAUUGCAGAAAUAUUUGGUUUGUCGAGGGAAAGGGUCCGUCAGUUGGAGAGCCGGGCACUCUACAAGCUCAAAAAGUCUCUUGUCUGUCAAGGACUCGAUGCAUACGCAGACUUGCUUAUAUAGAAGAGAAGACACAAAGGUUAUGCAUUUCAUUUUACAUGGUUGAGAGUCACUUUUUUAUAGCAACUUUUUGAGCUCUAGUAUCUAGGUUGAGUUUUGAAAGCGACUUUAACACUAAACUGCUGCAAUUGAGGAUAAAUCAGAGCGCCUUAUGGCUGCCAGUUGCGGAAGAAAUCGGCAGAGUAAACAAGUGAAAUUUAUACAACGAGAACAUCUAUACUAAAAAGCAUUUUAAUGACAUUUAUUCCAAAGAAUAAGUUAAAUAAACUGUGUAUUUAUGUAUGUUUUGUAUUAUUUUGAUAGACCUUCGUUUUGACGGCGGUUAGAUCA